GCACCCCGUUCAGCUGCAGCGGAGUCGCAGCUCUACCUUUUUUUUAUCUGACAACUUUUGGCAUUGACAGCACGGUGACAGGAACUCUCACUCUGUGUAUCGCUCCCUCAGCUUUACGUCCAGAGAAAUCUCCUGAAGGACCGCUGAAGAAGAACAAGAACAAGAAGAUGUUGAGGCGAAGGACUUCCAAUGCCUCGGAAAAGGAGCAGGUGCAGAAGAAGAAGCUCUCUCUGCAGAGGUCCAGCAGCUUCAAGGAUUUUAUAAAGCACAAACCCACCUCUCCUGUGGUGUCAGAGAGGGAGUUGGCCUUAGAGGAGAAUGGGGCAGAGUGUGCCACAGUCGAGGAAGCAGUGAAGAGUGGCAGCAAACUGGGAAAGAAAUGGCGAAAAGUCAUCUCGCGCACCAUGACCCGCAAAGCAUCCAAGAUGGUGCAGAAGGCUCUGGCUGAGGAGGGGGGUGAGAGUGGAGAGGAGCUGUCUCCGGUCUCCUCUGAUUGGCUGCCUGAUCUGCUGGCAGGACAGAGGACGUCUGUGUGCUCCACCGGGUCGGAGGACGCCACGCCGGCCCUCUUCAGCCGCCAGCUGUCAGGCAGCAGCGACAGACAGAGCCUGGACAGCGGGUACUGCCAGAGGGACAGCAUGCGGCUGGAGGAGAGCUCGUACUCCGGACCCUUCUGUGGCCGCGCUCUGGUGCACACGGACUUCACCCCCAGCCCCUACGACGUGGAGUCGCUCAAACUGCAGAAAGGCGACAUCAUCCACAUCAUCGAGAAGCCUCCUGUGGGGACGUGGAGCGGGAAGCUCAACAACAAAAUUGGGUCUUUCAAGUUCAUCUACGUCAACCUGCUGCCCGACGAGAGCCCCCCCGCCCGCAGGAGACGCUGCAACAGCAAGAACCGGCUGUCCAAAUCCAAACCCAAAUCCCUGGAGGAGGUUCUGGACAGCAUCGGCCUCACGGAGCUGAGCUCUCUGCUGUCCAUGCACGGCUUCCAGAGCCUCGAGGACUUUGCAGGGCUGAAGCAGUCUCACCUGAACGAGCUGAACAUCACGGACCCGGACGCUCGCUCCAAGAUCCUGAGCGCCUCUGAGCUGCUGAGAGACUCUGACGACGAGUCCGAGCCUGAGGAGGAGGAGGCCAAGGAGCCGAGGGACUCCGGCUGCUUCGAGAGCUCCGAGAACCUGGAGAGCGCACGAGCGGAGCCGAAGACCGAGAAGGAGAAGGAGCAGGAGGGAGCUUCAGAGGGGCAGAGAGGUGAGGAGGAAGAGGAGCAGCUGGAGGAAGAGGAGCAGCUGGACGCUAUGCAGGAGCAGCUGCAGGAGCUGACGGUGGACGAGAAAUCUUGAGGAGUGACGGAGAAAUACUUUGUCAAUCUGAUUCUCUGGACUUUGUGGAGCGAGGUGUGAUGCCGUUAAAAAUGUCCCUUCAUACAGAGAGGACUGCUGAUAGGAACACAGUGUAAGGUUCAAAUACUGCAGGAAAUGAGGGUCUCCGUUUACUGGAAGAAGCCGCACAGCUUCUAUAGGUACGCUGUAUAAUGAACAUGUUUCCUCCUGAGGGUAUUGUUUCAUUGUCAUGUACAAAUUAAGCCUUUUCAGGUCAUGUUUUCUUCAUUUUUACAAUGUCAUUCUUUUUUUUUAGUGGUGAAUGCUCAUACACAUAUGAAUGUAAAAUAUAUUCAGAUGUAACUUGAGUUUUAUUGUAACUUGUAGUAGUUUGCUUUUAAAUGUGUAUUGAGGUUCUUUCACUGAUUUAUGUUGCAUUACGAGGAGGUUGUGAACAGUUGCUGUAAAUACUUUGAAUAAAACUGUACUGAGAAGUUGUUGUUGA